CGGACUCGAAAAAGGCGGGGAUCAUUAAUUAGAAGCGUCGUCUAUAGGCGGCAUGCGACGCCCGACGACGACGUCGACGACGCCGCGCCACGAAACCGACGCGUUCUCCGACCCGAGCUCCGUUUUAAACCCCCUCCAUCGAUCCAUCGAUGCCUCUCUAUCUAGGGUUUCUCCCCCAAACUUGAUCUCCUUUCCUCAUGGCCGCUGCUUUCUCCUCCUCUUCUAUUCUCUUGGUCUUCUUCUUCUUGAUCUGCGGCGGUGGCACCGUGGCCGCCCUGGGCUUGUCGUUCCACCACCGCUUCUCCGACCUGGUCCGCCGGUGGGCGGAAUCCAGGGCCAAGAACCUCCCCGGCGGGUGGCCGGAGAAGGACACCGUCGAGUACUACGCUGCCCUCGCCGGCCACGACCGUGGCCAGGCCCUCUCCGGCGCCGCCCCGGCGCUCACCUUCUCCGACGGCAAUGCCACCCUCCAGAUCAGCUCGCUGGGCUUCUUGCAUUACGCCAUGGUCUCGGUGGGGACGCCGAGUCUGACGUUCAUGGUGGCGCUUGACACGGGGAGCGACCUCUUUUGGGUGCCCUGCGAUUGUAGCAGCUGUGCGCCCGCCACCUCAGGCAGCUUUGGAAACGAUUUCGAGUUCAGUAUCUACAGUCCUAAUAUGUCAUUGACAAGCCAGAGGGUUCUUUGCAAUAGCAGUUUGUGUGAACUUCAAAGAGAAUGCACUGUCGCAACAAGACAUUGUCCAUACAAGAUUGCUUAUGUUUCUGCUGAUACAUCAUCAUCAGGAAUUUUAGUCGAGGAUGUUUUAUACUUGACAGCGGAAGAUCCUCGUCUUGAAGUUGUUGAGGCACGGAUAGUGUUUGGUUGUGGACAGGUUCAGACUGGUUCCUUUCUGGAUGUUGCAGCUCCAGAUGGUCUUUUUGGGCUGGGCAUGGAGAAGAUAUCAGUUCCCAGUAUUUUAUCAAGCAGAGGCCUCACAUCUGAUUCCUUCUCCAUGUGCUUUGGACGUGAUGGUGUUGGCAGAAUCAGUUUUGGAGACAAUGGUAGCUCGGACCAAGAAGAAACCCCAUUCAACCUAAACCAUUUGCACCCCACAUACAAUAUCAGCAUAACAGGAGUUAGUGUUGGAAGUAGUUCCAUAGAUGCAGAUUUUAGUUCUCUUUUUGACACUGGUACCUCAUUCACAUACUUGGCCGAUCCAGCUUACACAUAUCUAUCUGAAAGUUUCAAUGCACAGGUGCAAGAUAGACGGCAAAUUCCUGAUUCCAGAAUCCCUUUUGAGUAUUGUUAUCAUAAGAGUUCUAAUGCUACUAAGAUUCAGAUUCCUGAUCUAAGUCUGAUAACAAAAGGUGGAAGCCAUUUUCCUGUUAGUGAACCAGUAAUUGUCAUCUCUAUUCAGCAGCAUGAAUAUGUGUAUUGUUUGGGUAUUGUGAAGAGCAGCAAACUAAAUAUAAUUGGACAAAAUUUCAUGACUGGCCUUCGCAUUGUAUUUGAUAGAGAGAGGAAUAUCCUUGGUUGGAAGAGGUUCAACUGUUACGAAUCUGAGGACUCCAACCCCCUCCCGGUGAAUCCAAAGAAUUCUUCUGCUCUCUCGCCUCCUGUACCGAAAAAUUACACUCCAGAGGCCAUGAAGGGGAAUGGGACUCAGGUCACGGUGCCGACACCUCCUCUCAGCCAUUCUUCCCAUUUGGACUCCAUGAGUAGAAUUCUGAUAUUGCUUUUGCUUUCCUUGACCAUUCUUUGAUCAUUCUUUAUAUGGGCUGAUCCCAGCUCCAUAUCUAGGUUGUUAGUUGUCCAAUUUGUCAUACAUUUGUUAAUAAGACUGGCCGAGAUCCAUUGUACACCUUGUGGUAGCAUAAGCCUGGCAUUUCAUGCAAUUUUUUGUAUUUUUCUGUAUAUAUUGUUCUAAAUGGCAGAUUACUUCACAGUCAAAUUUAGAUAUAUGGCUAACUUAAGGCCACUGUUUUUUCC